CUUGACAAAGGAUCCACUAUUCUUGGGAUAAUCCUUGCGUCUGAUCGGACCCACUUAACGAGCUUUACUGGGGACAAGAAGAUGCAUGCCGUUUACAUCUCACUUGGGAACAUCAGUAAAAAUGUCCAUCAGAAGCAUAACACGCGCGCCUGGCUCUUGCUUGCCAAGGUCCCAAUCUGUAAAUUUCCCAAAACUCCUUUCCCUGGAAAUAAAACCGAACGAAAGGCUAUUCCAGGAAUACUUGGCCAGCGACUAUUUCACAACUGUAUGAGACAUGUUCUUGAGCCUUUGAGGACCGAUUGCAGGGGAUACUUCCAUGUGCCCUCUCCAGAUGGGCACGUUCGCUCCUGUAUCGCCAUUUUGAUGGCUUGGAUUGCUGACCUUGAGGAGCAGCUCCUCAUCGUUGGUGCUCGAAGCUUCAGCUGUCCGGUCUGU